AUAAAACCAAACGUUUGCGUCCAGUUCGAUAACAGUGAAUGUGUUUGUAUUGUGGUUACUUGUGUGCAUCGGCCCCGCUUUAUAUCCGCAAAGCCAUAAUGACCAGCUUGCUCCUAGCAGUAUGUGGCAUCAUCUCAUUGGUGAAUUCAAGUCCGAUUAUUUCCUCCUACAAUUUGGUGUCUCCAGUUUUCCACUCCGGAGUUAACCCAACGAUAAUUGCGGCCCCUCAGCCUACAGAAAGCGUCGCUCAUGCUGCCGUUGUUGAAAAUGCAGUCGCCGAAUCUCAAUUACCACCAGAAUUAGUGAAUCCCUUUUAUAAAAAUCCAGCAAUUGCAGCCGGCUUGGCAAAAGAAUCAUGGUUCACUAACAAGGAGUUUCCGGUUCAUCAUCGCGAAGCUGAGAAAAUUCCAAGAUCGCAAAUAUAUAAACUUGUUAGCCAACUGCACGAUCGAAGACGGUGAAUUCAGUGUUAAGUGAAUGUCAAGACUGAAGUGAUUUUAUUUAUUUUUGCAACUAUUUUCAAUAAAAAAUUAUGAAAUU